CCUUAGUUUUUUUUAUUUUCCUUUUUUAAAUAUUAAAUAGAUGCACAGAGUUGUGUAAUAUCACACACAUUCAUUACAAGUAACACGAUUUAUCAAAACUGCGAAUUAAAUGAAUAUGGUAAACAGUAUAGUACCCUCCCUUUCUCGCAUCUCAUUAAGUGAGUCCCGUUGUAGCUAUAGGUGAAGCUGCCUCUCUCUGCCAUACUGAAGCAGGUGUCCAACAUGGCGAACACUGGCAGCGGCUCUCUCGCGACUAUUCUCUUUUUAUUCAUGUUUCAAGCGGCUCUUCGUAAAGGAGCUGCACAGGAACCAGUGGUGAGUCAGAACCUGGUGACAGAUAAUGUGUCGGUGGUGGAGGGCGAGAUGGCGAUCAUCAGCUGCCGGGUGAAGAACAACGACGACUCUGUUAUCCAGCUGCUCAACCCCAACAGACAGACAAUUUACUUCAGAGACAUGAGACCACUGAAAGACGCUCGCUUUCAGCUGGUGAACUUCUCAGACAACGAGCUGCGGGUGUCGCUGUCUAAUGUCUCGCUGUCAGACGAGGGUCGAUAUGUUUGCCAGCUCUACACGGAUCCCCCGCAGGAAGCCUACGCCGACAUCACCGUGCUAAUUCCUCCAGGUAACCCCAUCAUCGAGGCUCGGGAUGAGGUCCUGAGCGAGGGCAACGAGACUGAGAUGACCUGCACUGCCAUGAGCAGUAAGCCUGCCGCCACCAUCAGAUGGAUGAAGGGAGAUAAAGAGCUUCCAGGCAAGCCCAAAGUCGAGCUGACCUACGACAAGAUGUACACAGUAACCAGCCGGCUAACGUUCACUGUCAGUAAGGAGGAUGAUGGUGUAGCAGUGGCUUGCAUCGUAGACCACCCUGCAGUCAAGGACUACCAAGCACAGAAAUACCUGGAGGUGCAGUACAAACCGGAGGUAAAGAUCGUGGUAGAGUUUCCUCAGGGUCUGACCAGGGAAGGAGAGAACCUGGAACUGACGUGUCAGGCCAAAGGCAAACCCCAACCACAGCGGGUGAACUGGGUGAAGGUGGAUGACGAUGUGCCAUCUCACGCCGUCAUCACUGGCGGCGAUCUUUACAUCGAAAACCUAAACAAGUCCUACAACGGAACCUACCGCUGCGUGGCCUCCAACGCAGUGGGGGAGUCUUUCGAUGACUACAUCCUCUACGUCUAUGAUGCUCCCACCACUACCCCUAUACCCACCACAGCCACAAACACCACCACCACCAUCACCACCACCAUCUCCUACCCCGAAGCCAAUCAAGACACUGCGCCCAGCACUGAACCUGCAGCUCAUGAUUCACGAGCUGGAGAAGGAGCACCCAGAACGGUGGACCAUGCAGUGAUCGGAGGAGUGGUGGCCGUGGUCGUCUUCGCCAUGCUCUGUCUACUCAUUAUCUUGGGGCGCUACUUUGCAAGACACAAAGGUACCUACUUCACACACGAAGCCAAAGGAGCAGACGACGCAGCGGACGCAGAUACAGCCAUCAUCAACGCAGAGGGUGGCCACACCAACUCGGACGAAAAGAAAGAGUACUACAUCUAAUCAAAGCAGGACCCCUCACUCCAGUGUCCUCUUUGGGACAGGGAGCUGUUUUUGGGGCCGGGGCAGGGGGAGAGGGGGGGCAGAUGGAAGGAUUUGUGUUGGUUCAGGAUCACUUUUAGUGAGAGUAGAGGGGUCGAGGAGUAGAGGAGAGACGGGGUUUUAAAGAAAGGCCUGGUUUUAAGCCGUUGUUUAGUCUAGUCUGCAGAUAUAGAUGGAAUGUUUUGUGUGUAAAAAAAAAAAAAAAAAAAAUCAAAAAAGGACAAAAAAUGGGAGGGGGUUGGGUUUUCGGUAAAUUGAGAAGGGGAUGGGGUUGGGGGCGGGGAGGGUGCGCCAGACGUUGCCAGAAAUCACUGUAGAGAGCUUCACCAUUUCGACACCUCCCUAACUGCUGGUACGAAUUUUAUUUAGUUCAACCAUUUGCAGAAAAUUCUGUGCCUUGUUCUAUCCAUACUUUGGAUUUGUGUUGAUCCUCAUUUGCAUAACCCUGUUGCUCCCCCCACCUCCUUUUUUCCUGUUUCAUCUUUCCCCACUCGUAAUUAUCAAUGUGCUGUUGGCUUUUGUAUGAGGGUAAAAUUACACAGCCACUUUAUUCAUUUCCCUAAAUGUGUCUGCACACAUGCGUCCUCUACUGCAUAACAAAAACUCUUUCCAGUAUACUGUGAUUUGUCUCAAGCCAUUACUUCCCUCUGUUUUUCUUUCCCCCUGAAGUUUCGACAGCUCCAAAAAUGCAUGGAAUGCUUUACAUAUCAUUGUACAAAGGACAUAAAUGAGAAACAGGUUUGAUGUACUGUAUAUGCUCUCCCUGCCCCCUCCUGAACACAACCACAUUCAGAACAUAAUCAAAAAGAAGGCAGCAAAGGAUAACAUGAAAUGAUUUUAUCAGGCCAAUUCAGUUUUUAAAUUCAUGUUCUGCAACCUCAGUUUGGUCUUCAGAGCAGAUUUACUACUGCCUCUUAAACAAUUACCUUUCUUAGUAAAGAGAAGUAGUACAUUAUUUUCCCCCACUGCGCUGCCAUUUCAUUAUUUUGAUUUCUUCCUCUGUUCUGUAAUAUUUUUCUUCUAUUUGUCUGAAUGGAAGCCCUGUUUUCCCCACCAGCUUUUAUUGAGUUGCAAUGAUGAGAUUCAAUUGAUUUCCAUCUGCUCUCACUCUAAAAUAUUUUUCUUACAAAUGGCCAAGUAAGAAAAUGUAAAUUGUUUUAAUUUUUUUUUUUUUUUUUUUUUUGGCAGACUCUCAGUCAAGAUGCCUCAGUAAUAAAAGGCUGUUGAAAAAAUAUUUGGUAUUAAUAUAAGACCACCCGGCAGCCAAAAGAUGCUGGUGUACUGUACAUAACUUCACCGAAAAAGAGAAACAGCCUUAACCAAGCUCCAAACGCAUUCAAAUUUAUUUUAGGAACACAUAAGCUGCACAAAACGUCCUUCCCUACAGCGGGCUCAUGUUAUCUCAUAUAGACACACAAUCCAAUGUAAAUCAAGCCAAUGGAAUCACAGCUGUAUUGUACACUAAUCCUUACUAAGAAAUAUUUUUUACAACUUACUAGAAUUACAAUGGAGUACCUUUGUGGAUUUUAUUGUGUCACGCUCAUUGUGAGUUUUGUCGAAAUGUAAAACAAGCAAAUGUUUGGGAGAGUCUUCAAACUGAAAUGCUCUGAGAGACAGGCCAGUCUUUCCACUUCCAUCACACCUUCCAAAUAUAUACUUUGCUUCGAUGCCGCAGCUUGAAUGCGUAAACAAUUGAUAGUUUUUCUGCAUGUGUGUACGUGCUGAAACUCAUUUUCUCUUUUGCUUCUCUAUCUUGCUUUUUCUGUCACCUGCCAAAACUGAAUGAGGAUCUGUUUGGCUGUGCCAGCUGGGGAGCACUGACGAAUGCCAAAAGUAAUUAGUUGUGUGUACCUGAACUUAAUGCACACGUUGUGCUCCGUGGUCGUAAUCCAAGGGUUACAUUAACGCCCUGGCUUUUUAACAUGGCGAUGAGGGUCUGUCUGUGGCAUUGAUUGUCCUAAUUAUGUGUUCACACAGCAAGCAGCUCACCUAAUGAGUCCGUACUUUAUAUGACAGCUGUGGGUGGAUUGAGGUGGAGGUCUUGGUUGUAGCGUACACCUUUAAAGCUUUGAGCAGGCAUUGAAUGUCAUGAUAUCACAUAAUUUUGAACAUUUUAUCAUCACAAAUUAUAAACUUAGAAUGAAGUGUUUUUUCAAGGAAUUUAUUUAUUCAGUUUUUUUUAAAGUGACGUUCUAAAGUUUAAGAGCUAGAAUCAAUUGGACAAACAUAAACCAUAUCAAAUGAAUACAGAACAAAAUUUCAAUUAAUUGCCUGAUGAUGGCAACUUGUUAAGUAAAAAAAAAACAUUUCAUUACAAAAAAAAUCAAAACUUGCAGUGUUUGCAUCCUUUAAAAAAAAUACAUCAUGAUGUGACAAAAUACAUUUUUUGAGAUUCAGAAAUAAAAUUUCAUUGAGUUUAAACAUUGCAUAUCAGAAAUACAUAGGUGUCAUGUAUUGUAGUGAUACUGUUUUUUUAUAUAUAUAUAUAUAUAUUUUAGGGCUGCCCCCGACUAAGAAUCUGCUGAGUCAACCGAUAGUCGUCAUUUAGGGCCAUGAGUCGACAAGUCACCCGCAAGUUGAUGAUAUUAAUUUAUUUAUUAAAUUAUAUGUUUUUGGCGGGGCCACACAAUGGUUUGAGUUGAAGGUUUGAGA